AUGUCAAAAGGAGAGAAAUCCGAGCCUCUCUCGAUAUAUGAGCUUCACCCUCCAGAAUGGCUUCCUAAGGCUCACACUGUAGCUGACCUGGGUUAUGCUGGCUUCUACCCGCCUCGGCCCCAUCAGAUCGAGGAGACUCUUACAGAGUUAAACGUGAAGAAUGGUCUUGUAUUGUCUCCGACUGUUCCAGCUGAGACAUACAGCGCCGUGGAGAACGUCCGCAAGCGCCUCCUCCAGGAAAAUGCCCUCGGGGAGCUCGAGCAGUUCAUGAACCAAAUCUUCGCCCGCAAGGCAGAAACUGUACCACCCAUUCCAGCUUCAUCUUUUCGGCUGCCCUCAAGAGUUACCCUGAAUGACGCCAAACGUCAGGCCUGGUUCAAUGAUCUCGCCAAUCCAGACGUUCCACUCUCCAAACUCGGCAAGAAUGUACCUCACGGGGCUAAAGGCCCCGAUCUGCUCGAGCUCCUGCACACCAACAAUGUCUCCAUCCCACGCGCCGUCUGGUUUCUCCGAGUGUUUGGAGCCAAUGAAUCUGCCGGUCUUCGCAACAAGCCAACAUACAACCCCACACAGUACAGCAUAGAAUGGGCGAAUGUUGUCACCUUGUAUAUCAAGAAACAGCUUGCCGAGAUUGCACUCCCCAGCGCUCCACGUCCUGGUCUGAACAUCAAGCAAACUUUCAAGGGCGUCUUAUCUGACACCGAACCCCGAGAGAAGUGGAUCGCUCGUUUUACGUACUGCCUGAGUCUCCUUCGCACGUUCUACGCCGAGGGCCUCGUUGACGGUCGAACGUUCUUGUCAUGGCUCGUGCAGCAGAUGAGCACGUGCAAUCUUGCACAGGCGGGCUUCGUCGCGCGACUGGCAGACGAAUACCUUGACGGGAUGCUUGUGAGCCGCGCCCUCACUCAUCCGUUCUUGGACGCAUGCCUGGCGCGAUAUGUAGAGAUCCAGGUGUCAUCUGCGAAGGAAAGUCUUGCAAAUACCGUGAACAUCCUGAGAAGCCUCAUCUCGCGCUCGUUCUUUGCGCUCCCUGAUGCGUGCGUUAGCCCGCGGAUGUACCUGCAGUACGGGUCGAUCCUGGAAGAGAUCCUCCUCGACAACUUCAGCGACGAUGGUGCGAACAGCGCGCCCCAACAAACUAUCCAAUGUUUGCAGCAGAGCGUGCAUGAGGCGCUCUCUGACGUGCGACACCGAAACGAAGCGAUGCUCUUCCAGCACCUCCCUCCGCGCAUCCUCGGCACGCUCUCCUCCGCGCUCUCCGACAUCAAGCUUCUCAAUUCGAUAUCGGGAAAAACGGACCUGGCGAGCGUCGCGCUCUUCGACGACGGCUCCGAGCCGUCGGCCGCGUUCGUAGCAAAGCUCGACUUCCUCCUCACCUGGUCCGUCACGCCCCUCCAGUACGGCGACCAUCGGCCGUACGCCGCAGCGGGUUUGCUACAGCUAUGGCGCAACCGUGCGGAAGACCGUGCGAUCCGACGUGACGCACCCGGCCCGGACGAUGCCAUCCAGAACAUGCUCUUCGAUUGGUUGAACGAAAGCGAUGUCGCGAAGGAGAGAGCGAACCUUCCUGCGAUGUCGCUCCUGUAUGGGCAACUCGUCAAGCAUGGGCUGUUUGAUUUCGACGCAUAUAUGGGGCGGUUGAUCGCCAGGGGAGAGGAAGGACUAUCGUUCACCGACGAGACGCAGGAGACCGUAUCCCGCCACCGCGAGAUCUUGCGUUGGAUGCCCUUGAGAGACCCCAGUCCGUCGACACUCAAUCAGCGUAAGAGCAUCCUGUACGGUCUUCGCAUGCGAGAGACACCCGAAGAGGUCAACGAGCGCGAGAUCCGGAAGGAGAUCAGAGGAUUUCUUCCUGAGCUUUCCGGAGGCAGUGCUUCCAAUCUUCCACCUUUGACCACCACGUUUUGGCAGUCAUGCAGCACUCUCAUGAGCUCUCCGCGCUUUGAACAACUCAAGACAGUCAGACAUUGGCUCUUACCAAUAUACAAGAAGUUUCUGUCCAACCGCAAAAAUGAGAAUGAAGACUCAGACGCAGAUGUGGUGCGAGUGUACACCCUCUCUGUGGUCAUCAUGGCACGAGUGAGAGCUUACGGCUCCAUCCUCGAUAUGUCUCUGGCCACCCUUGACCACGCCCAUACCGGUCCGGUUCUCAACGCGGUCGUAGAGACGCUUAGGCAGCAUAUGGAAGUCUGGGCAUGCAUGAAUCGGAUGAGAGACAUCACUUUGGCAUUAUGGGCAGUGCAUCAGACGCGGAAGAGCCGCGGCUCCCAAAAUUCGGUUCUCCUCAAGCUACUUUCUGAGGUCGACAACGACUGCUAUCUCGAUCAAGCGUCUCGCGAGCAGAUGCUUUCCGACAUUUCCGCUUACACCCAUGCCCUCUUCCCCAUGAACGACACUCCUGACAGCGUACCAAACGUCCUCCCCGAGAUCCUCAUGCUCGCCACCGACAUGGUCCCGAAAGCUCCUUCACUGCUCGCAAACAGCCUCUGGUACAAAUACAUGACGUCACCAGACUGGGCCUGGAAAGUAUGGGACAACACCAUCGCGAGCCUCCGCCAGCUCCCCGCCAUGAUCCCCGACGUUUCCGAGCGGCGCGCGAUCGCUCUCCGCUAUGCGGUCUUCCUCCUCCACGUCGACCAACACCUCCCGCGCGGCUACGACGAGCAGAUUCGCUCGUGGCUGAACGGCUCGGGGAAGAACGAGAUCGCGGCACUGACACCUGAAGCAUGGGACGUCGUCACCGUCCCGCUCCUGUACCUCGCCUGCUACGGUGCGCUCGCGACGACGACGAUCCUCGAAAGCCUCAUCUUCCCCGUCUGGCAGGCGGCGGCGACGGUGGCAUCGGACGAGCAGGGCUCGGCGCUCGAAACGCUCCUUGGCUCCGUGCACGCGCUCUUCGAGCACCUCCUCCUCCGCGACGAGUGCGGCGCGAGCCUGGGCAUGCCGCCUGCGGACGUGUUCGAGGCGCAGGGACUGCAGACGCGCCGGCGGGACGUGUUCCGCGAGCCGCACUUCUCCGCGCUCGUCGCGAACUUCCCCGCGCUGGUGCUCGUCGAGCAGAACCGGUAUUUGAGCGAGCCGCUUCGCGCGGCGUGCUCGACGCUCCGGCGGACGAUAUGCAGGGUUGGGGUGUUCAGGCAGGGGAUAUACCGGGACUUGGACGCGGUGCGGUUGACGUUCGAGAGGCUGCUGGAGAGCGUUCCGGACGAUCUCCACGAGCCGCUUGUCAGCGCCCUGAGGCUCAUGCUAAAUGACCCUGGACAAGACGGUCCCGUCAACGCGGUCGAUUGGAAUACGGUUUCGUCCCUGCUGAGCCCUUGGAAGCUGGCAGCAACGGCGAUCGAGAUCCGCUUGAGUAUCAAACAGCUGCAAGAGAGUAUGGCCCGCGAGUCCACCCGCAACAUGGCUGUGGCGAACCUCGACAAGCUCGCCCUCGCCGUCUUCUUCUCCUGUAAACGUCCCGAAGAGGCUGACUUCAUCGCGGAUCUUGUCACCGACAUGGAUGGCAUCGUCGCGGGCAAGUUCGUGUCCGCGGGUCUCAGGCGUAUCACCGAGGCGUUCCGCGAGUGGGACCCGCUGGCCGACAAGAGGUGUCUGAAGAGCACCGCGAGCGAGAUGCUUCGGUUGCUCGCGAACAUCGUCGCCCCGUUCCGGAAGGACACAUCGCUGCCCCAGCUGGACCCCCUUGUGCAAGACGGCUUGUUUUUGGCCAUCUGCUCGAAGAUGGCGCACAUGGCGAAGAUCAUGGUCUCGUUGGUCGAGCGUCCUUGGGAGGAAGACGCGAUGAACGCAUGCCAAGCCGUUAUUUUUAUUGCACGGGUUCUACAGUUUCAUCUGGGAUUCCCCCUCACGUGGAGCCAACAAGCAAAGGAUGCAUCGGAAGAGCUCUGUAUGAACAUCACUCGACUUGCAUUGAUGCAUGGUGCUGGAGAAGGGCUCAACAUGCUUGUCUUCCCCUUGCUGCUUGAUACUCUCUGUUACCUGUUAGACGAGAUACCUGUAGAUAUCAAAGCUACGGGUCCCUACGACCCCUUCAAGAACUACCCCGAAUUCUCUCUCUCCUCUCUGCCCUCCGACAUGCCGCCCGAAUACCGCGCGCGGCUACGCACCCUCCUUCCUUACGUUGCGCUCAACCCCGCCGUCGAGAACCUCGUCUACAUCACCAGCGACACCGCCCACCCCACCGCCCCACCCACUUCCGUCCCCGUCCAACACCGGCCCUGGGAGUGGACAGAGUACCUCGGGGACCCCCCAGCGGGCGAGCCCGCCGACCGCGGCCGCGCGGCGCGCGAGGCGCACGACGACCUCUCCUCCCGCCCCGCCGUGCGCAACACCGCCGCGCUCCCGCUCGAGCUCUUCGACGCGCGCGUCACCGGCGACCGCGUCCUCAGCCUGCUCCCCGCGCACGUCUUGCCCGCCAGCGCCGACGCCGACGCCGACGCCGACGCCGCGGACGCGGACACGCGCGCGCUCACCGCCGCGACGCUGCACACGUUCCAGGACGACGUGCACGCCGAGGGCCCGUUCGCGCGCGACUGGCGCGAGACCCGCGUCGAGGCGCUCGACGACCCCGACCCCACCGCGGACGGCGGGGGCGGGGACGCGCACGCCCCUCUCCCCGCGCUCCCUGGCGCAGGGGCGGGCGCGUACGGAGACUACCCCGCGUCGCGCCGGCCAUCCCCUGCGUCCUCCGUGCGCUCCGCAGCGUCGGCGGGCGGGGGCGGACGGGCACACAGCCGCCUGUCGUCGUCGACGGGCGCGGCGGAGGUGAUAGACGUCGACGCGCUGGACACGGCCUCUGGCUCGGGGUCUGGGGGACGCCAGGGCGUCAAGAGGAAGGCGAUGAGCACGAUCGCGGAGGAAGACAACGAGAUCGAGUUUGUGGAGGGGCCGUUGCCCUCGACAGCGGCGGCGAAGAGGGCGGCGAAGGGCGGCAAGACCGCAAGUAAGGCGGCGAGGAAGAAGAGAUGA